AUGGAUUUUUCUACGGAACCUCCCCACUCCGACAAACUAUUUAUUCAAGCUCCUCAGCCUUUCAAUGCUGAACCACCUGCCGCUUCGUUGGUUGAAUUCGCAUACACCCCGGAGGAGCUCGUGUAUUGUCGCAAUCAUGGUCCUGUGCGCGAAUUCGUCGAAGACAGUUAUAGCAUCGCUAUCAAGAGCGCGGUUGAAAAAGAUAUCUUGAUGUCGGUCCCUCAACUAAAAUCUUCUUUUCCCAAAGCCCGUGUCGUUGCGGCUCUUCAGUGUGCAGGAAAUAGACGAAAUGAAAUGGGGGCAAUCAAGCCCGUCCAUGGUGUUGGAUGGAACAGCGGAGUAAUUGCCAAUUGUAGCUGGGGUGGCGUUCGUCUGCGGGAUGUUCUAAACCACGUCGGCGUCCAAGUAGACAAUCAGUCACACGUUUGCUUCGCUUCUUUUGCUACCUUAUGCCAGGACGACAAGUAUUAUGGGGCCUCUAUACCUCUAGCCAAAGCAUUGAGAAUGGAAGAUGAUGUGUUGUUGGCAUAUGAGAUGAACGAUGAACCACUCUCGGCAGAGCAUGGUGGUCCUUUACGCGUUGUCGUUCCGGGUUAUUUAGGAGCAAGAUGGGUAAAAUGGCUUGACACCAUCAUAAUUUCUCCGGAAGAAUCCCCCAAUUACUAUCAGCAACGCGAUUACAAAGUUCUACCGCCUGAGAUUGAAACAAAAGACCAAGCGCGUCCCGUUUGGGCCAAAUUUGCAUCGAUGACCGCGUUACCAUUGAACUCUGUGAUUGGGUCUAUAUUCAAAGUUUCGCCAUCGAGACUACACGUCAAGGGAUAUGCUACGCCUGGAGAUUGCGGAAACAUUGCUGCAAUCGAUAUUUCGACGGACAGUGGCGUUACUUGGCAUCCUACCAGAAUCACAUAUCAGGAAGGUAGAUGGAGUUGGACUCUUUGGGAAAUCGAGAUUCAGGUCUCUGAACCUUCUGGGGAGCUCCACUCUAGAGCGAAGGAUGAGGCUGGCAAUGUGCAGCCAAGAGAGGGAAUUUGGAACAUGCGAGGUGUCGCUUUUAAUGCUUGGGGAACAAUGAAGUGGUAG